CAGAUCGGGUCUUGAGAAGACGACAAUCGUCGACUUUAAGCUCGAUUCUCGAACCCCUAGAUCUCGCUCUUGGAGGCCUUUGUAUCCGAAAUGCCUCGGUCGUGCACGAUUAUCAAUCGCUGAUAUACUUACCACUGAUAAGAAUCGGAACUCCGAUCUCCUUCUCUUGGGUAGAUCGUCGUGGCCUACGGCGUGGCUCCAUUUAUCGUUCUCCAAAGAUUCCAAGGACAUUGCAGAAAAGUUUUUUGAGAGUGUUCAGCAACCGAAAGAUCCUCUGAGUAGAAUCGGGCCGGCGCUUGAUCACAUGGUGACUGUUAAGAAAGUGCUUGACGUACUCGCAGAGAUUCACCCUAUUGCUAAGUUGGUAUGGGGUAUCGUAUCCAUAGGAGUCCAGAUAUUAAAGAAACAGAAGGAUACGAGUGAACAGGUAGCAGAGCUUUAUGAUGUGAUGGUAUCAACAUACAGAGAGGCGAGCAAGCCCGACGUCUUACGGACCUUGACAAGCCUCGCUUCGGAUUAUGAAGCCCUCUUCCAGCAGACAAUUUCAUGCAUCCAGUUUCUUGAAGGAUAUGCUCAACAGUGUUUCUUAGGGAGACUUAUUGACACCAAAACGUCGGACAAGGUCAAAAGAAUUCGGGAAAGAUUCCAAAAGUUGGAGAACAACCUCCAUCUCAGGGUCACUGAGGAAGUUGCUCGUAUGUCCAUCGAGGCAAAAAAACAGGACGAGAUCGAAAAAUACAUUAAGAAACUCGAGGCUGCAUCAGAUUCAUCCGACAAGCUCUGCCCCAAGUCAACGUGCAUGAAAGGCACUCGAGUCCAAGCUAUCGGUGUAAUAGAGAAUUGGAUCGACGGCCGCAAUGGUGGAACGCUCUGGUGCCGAGGUAUGGCAGGGACAGGAAAGUCCUCGCUAAUGGCGACCUUGCACGAACGUUUCACGAUCCGAGCAAGUGGUCGAUUGGUGAAUGAGGAUGCAGUGGGUCUCGAUAAAAGAGCGUGUGCGGCUACCAGAGGCGCUUGCCUCGCUGCCUUUAUUCGAUACGAUCGUAGUACGGCUAGGUCUACUACCGCGGAUAAACUCAUCUAUACCACGGAUACGCUCAUCCCUACCAUUGCCCAUUCACUGUGCGGUAUGAACCCCGAUAUUCGUGCCGCCAUAGCUGACGUUGUCAAGGACAACCCAUCGGCUGCGAAGAUGUCCCCGUCUUCAGCGGAGGAGCAGUUUCGAUUACUCCUCCAGCAGCCAUUGACCGGUAUACGGGGACUGGAAAAUGGGCCUUCUUUAGUGAUCAUAAUUGAUGGGUUGGAUGAAUGUGAGACAUCUAAAGAGAUGCUUUCCGUUCUCGCAAAGGGAUUCGGACCCGAUCUGCCCUUUAUGCGGCUUAUCGUGUCGAGCAGACCCCUUGGAUAUAUUGUGGAUGCCUUCAAGGCAGCAGUUCCCCCAAUUACUGAGCUUGACUUAGACCCGUCCUCCGAGGAAGCAGACCAGGAUAUCCGAUUCUACAUCGAUGCGCGUUUCCGUGACAUUUACAAAAUGUCGCCGUCUACAGGAUUCCAGAGUUUGUGUGAGAAGCUCCGCGCUGUGGGAAAUCUCACCAAUCAAACGCAAGGAUUGUUUAUCUGGGCAGUGACUAUAUGUAAUUUCAUUGCCGAACUUCCCUGCGAAUCCAGACUGCGAAAACUCCUGAACACCCAAAAGGUCGCUAUAGAUCCAUUGACGACUCUUUAUCGGAAGGCUCUAGAUGCCAUAGUCUCAGAAAACACCGACAGCAUGGAUUUGAAAAAGUACAUUCAUGAUGUGCUUGCCUUUCUCGUUGCCUUCCGAAUACCAGUGCAUGUUCAGACUUUCGACGAGCUGGUGGCUCGCGAGCCAGAUGGCCCCGAACCAUCUUAUGUACUUAAGAUGUUGGGCAGUGUCGUGCAGAUAUCCGGAGAGAACAUGAUACAGCCAGUCCAUCGGUCUUUCUUUGAUUUUCUUCAGGACGAAGAGAAAUGUGGGGCUAUUUGGUAUGUUAAUAUCAUGCAGGAGCAGUCGGCGAUCAUGAGCCGAAUGGUGGCAAUAUGGGGUAAUGAUCAUUAAGUCUGCUGGGUACAUCAUGCUUCAUUACCAACUGCACACUAUAGGAUUCUCUAGUACGGCCUUGAUUUCUAUAUGCAGAGGACAAUUCAUUUAUCUUGGCUCUAAGUUUAAUAGAAAACGACGUUACAUGC